CACUAGAAAAAAUUCAACAAAAAAAGUUUGCAUAGUAAAUUUAUAAAAAGAACCACAAAUAGAGGCAGCAAAAAUGUUUCGUUCCAGUUUCGAGAAAAAUCUGGAAAAUGCCACCAGCCAUCUGCGAUUGGAACCAGAUUGGCCAACCAUUAUCUUAAUAUGCGAUGAAAUCAACCAAAAAGAUGUCACGCCCAAAAAUGCAUUUGCUGCUAUUAAGAAAAAAAUGAAUUCACCCAAUCCCCACUCCGCUUGCUACUCCUUAUUGGUAUUAGAGAGCAUAGUCAAGAAUUGUGGUGCCCCUGUCCAUGAGGAGGUCUUCACCAAAGAGAACUGUGAAAUGUUUAGCAACUUCUUGGAAUCAACUCCACAUGAGAGUGUGCGCCAGAAAAUGCUUGAAUUGGUACAGACCUGGGCUUAUGCUUUCCGCUCCUCGGAUAAAUAUCAAGCCAUUAAGGACACCAUGACCAUCUUAAAGGCCAAGGGACAUACAUUUCCCGAACUAAAGGAGGCCGAUGCAAUGUUCACGGCUGAUACGGCACCCAAUUGGGCUGAUGGCCAUGUGUGUCAUCGCUGUCGAGUGGAAUUCACCUUCACGAACCGUAAACACCAUUGCCGAAAUUGUGGCCAGGUGUUUUGUGGCCAAUGCACAGCCAAGCAGUGCCCAUUGCCCAAAUAUGGCAUUGAGAAGGAGGUUCGAGUGUGCGAUGGAUGCUUUGAUACUCUCCAAAGACCCUCAAGUGGUAGUAGCAAUGCAGCAUCAGGAGGAGCCAGUGGCCCUAAAGCAGCAACCGAUUUGCCCGCUGAAUAUCUGAAUAGCUCUUUGUCCCAACAAGUGCAGACGCCGGCACGAAAGAGUGAACAAGAACUAAAAGAGGAAGAGGAACUGCAAUUGGCUUUGGCUUUAAGUCAAUCUGAGGCAGAGCAACAGAAGCCAAAGCAUCAGCAAUCAUCGUUGGCAGCUGCUGCCAGUGCCUAUCGAAUGCCACAGCGUUCGCCGAGUCCCGCAGAGCAGGCGCCUGUCCAUCAACCGGCCGAGGAGUCGGCUAAUCCAGAUUUGGCCAAAUAUUUGAAUCGCAGCUAUUGGGAGCAGCGUAAAAUCAGUGAGUCCUCUUCGAUGGCUAGUCCCUCGGCUCCUAGUCCAAUGCCGCCCACACCACAACCACAACAGCAGCAACCGCAGCUUCAUUUGGGCUCCACUCUGAAGACUCCCGAUGAGGUGCAAAUUGAUGAAUUCGCUGCCAAUAUGCGGACUCAAGUGGAAAUCUUUGUCAAUCGCAUGAAAUCGAAUUCCAGUCGUGGACGCAGCAUUUCCAAUGACACGUCUGUCCAAACUCUAUUCAUGACUCUCACCUCGUUGCAUUCGCAGCAAUUGACGUAUAUCAAGGAGAUGGAUGACAAGCGUAUGUGGUACGAACAAUUGCAGGAUAAGUUGGUUCAAAUCAAAGAUUCACGAGCCGCUCUGGAUGUGUUGAGGCAAGAGCAUGUGGAGAAGAUACGACGAUUGGCUGAGGAACAGGAGCGCCAGCGGCAAUUGCAAAUGGCCCAAAAACUCGAGAUUAUGCGAAAGAAGAAACAGGAAUAUUUGCAAUAUCAACGACAGUUGGCCCUGCAAAGGAUUCAGGAACAAGAAAGGGAAAUGCAAUUAAGACAAGAGCAACAGAAGGCUCAAUAUCUGAUGGGUCAAACGGUUCCGUUCCCAUAUCUACAACAAGCAGCUGGUCCACAGCCGCAGCAUGGGUCACCCUCGCAUAAUGUGUUUAAUCCCUAUGGAGCUGCUCCACCACCAGGUGGAGUUCCCGGAUUCCCGACACCAAAUGGUCAUGCACCGUAUCCCGGCAUGUAUAAUCCAGGACUGCCGCCACCAACAAGUCAGAUGAUCCAACCACCCCAGCCGUCAAAUCAAAUCAUUCAACAGACCCAACAUAACCAAAUGAUCCAACAGCCACAGCCAAAUCAAAUGAUGCAACAGCAGCAACAACAACAGCAACCUGCAAUGCCCAUGCCGAUGCAACAGCCACAACCAAAUCAGCAACCGACAGCUCAGAUGCAGUCCCAACUACCACCUCAAUUACCAAACCAGCCUCAACCGCAACCUCAACUUGGACAUGUUAUGCUUCAACAGCAACAAAUUCUCCAAAAUCAUCCACCAAUUCCAAAUCAGGUCCAAGUCGCUGCUGCUCCUCCUCCCCCAACUGCUUCUGUUCCUGUACCAACUCAAGCUCCGAUUCCAGUCCAACCGCCUGUGGUUGUUCCCGAUAACCAACAGCAAAUUCAAGCUGUGUCUGCAGCUCCAGCUCCACCGCAAAACGAACCUGAAGUUAUUACGACGCCAGCUAAAGCCGCCGAACCGGCUACAGCUGAGCUGAUCAGUUUUGAUUAAACGAUCUAUAUAAAUAUAGCAAAAAUUUCCAUGUUAUAAAAUCUGUA